AUGUCAAACAGCCAUCAGUUCAUGCACCGUUUUGCCAACCAGCGAGUCGCCCAGGUCGAUUAUGAGGCCGAAAAUGAUGAAAAUAUUCAUCCAACCACCCUUCGCAGUCAAACGUUCUAUAUAAAUAGAAGAUCGAUAGUCACGGUGAAUCGCUCAGCGCCGCAAAAUGUUCACGUAUCGGAACAGGAGGCAAGUUUCUUGGAACACCUCGCCAUCUCCAACUUACCAUCAAUCAGCCAAUUGGAUGAUGCUUCCGCUGAUAGUAUCCGAGAUAGGCUUGACGGCGUGUACAUGUCACAUCGUCGCUUGCAAACUAGCAACAGAGCAGCCACCAUGUUUAACUCAAGCGGAAUCCCAUAUACCGCCUCCGUAAUCACUCCUCUUUCAGGAUUUGCCCUGUUCCAGCUCACCGGUCCCGAUCCAAGUAGACACCAGGAGGAGCGGGAAUUUACCCUGGGACCGUACAGUUCUGAAACAGUUGCUCCUACUCGAAUUUAUUCUUCUUCCUACAAACGGGCUCGAUCGCAUAACGUUAACGCUCGAUAUCCGCUUUUCUAA